UUCGCAUCUCUAAAAAACAAAUGAUGCCAGAAAUAGAUGGCAUCUCUAACAAAUCCCCUCAAAUCUCCGAAAUGUUCCAGAAAUUCGCCCUCGCUUUCAAGACCAAAACCUUCGAGUUCUUCUCCGACGAAAACGCUACCGCGGUUGACGACUCCGAUGGCUUCUCCCUCCUUGACUCCGCCGAAGAAAUCAUCACUGACCAAAAGGUUGUCGUCAUCAAACCCGACCCCGACCCGUCCCACAACUUCUCCCCCGGAACUCCACCGCCGCCGCAAACCCCUCCGCCAUCCCCUCCGCCACCGACCCAGAUCACAAACUCGGCCAAAUCUCCCGAAUCCAAAUCGACGCCGCGUUUAACGGCGAACCAGAUCAGGGAAACGACCCACACUCUGAUCUCUUCGAUUUUUGCAGCCGUAUCGGCGUUCGAAGCUUCCUACUUCCAACUACAAAGCGCUCACGUUCCAUUCGUGGAAGAAAAUGUGAAGAGCGCUGAUAAAUUGUUGGUUUCGAACCUUCAGAGGCUCUCCGAAUUCAAGAAAUUCUAUUGCAACCCUGAGUCUUGUGGUUUCCCAUUUGGGUCUUGCUUGGAGGCUGAGGUGGAAGAGAAUCAGAGCAAGCUCAGGACCCUCGGGACCGUCUCGAACCGCUUGCAAUCGGAGCUGGAGCAGAAGCACGACGAGGUCGCGGCCCUGAAGAGAAAGCUUGAUGAGAUUCAGAGGGGUAAUGUGAACUUGUCUAAGAAACUGUGUGCUAGUACUUUGAACCCUUGUUGUGAUGUUUUGUUAACUGUUAGGGUGUUUGAUUCUUUAUUGCACGAUGCUUCUAGAGCAACCCACAAGUUUACCAAGAUUUUGAUUGGUUUGAUGAGGAAAGCAGGGUGGGAUUUGGGUUUAGCAGCUAAUGCGGUUCAUCCGGGUGUUGAUUAUGCUAAGAAAGGGCACAACCAGUAUGCACUUUUGUCGUAUGUUUGUUUGGGAAUGUUUCAAGGUUUUGAUUCACAAGGUUUUGGAGUGAUUUUGAAUGAAAAAGAAGAAAUCGUGUCAAAUGGGCACGUGCAGAGUUUAGAUUUGGAGAAGAAAAAUGGUUCUUUAAAGCAAUUGCUUGAGCAUGUGUCUAGCAAUCCAAUGGAGUUGCUCAGCAUUCAUCCCAGUUGUGAAUUUUCGAGGUUUUGCGAGCACAAGUACGAGAGGCUUAUACAUCCUUCCAUGGAGUCGUCCAUUUUCGUUGAUUUGGAUCAAAAUGAAGCGGUUUUGAGCUCGUGGAGGUCGUUGAGUAUGUUCUAUGAGGCGUUUGUAGGAAUGGCUAGCUCAAUAUGGACACUGCAUAAGUUGUCCUAUGCAUUUGAUCCUGCAGUUGAGAUUUUUCAAGUGGAAAGAGGUGUGGAGUUCUCUAUGAUUUACAUGGAAGAUGUUACAAAGAGAUUAACAUGGCCAAACAAGGGUAGGGCAAAGGUGGGAUUCACUGUGGUUCCAGGUUUUAAAAUUGGAAGGAUAGUUAUUCAAUCACAGGUUUAUAUAAGUAAUUUCAGAUGUACAGAGUAGUUUAACCUGGUUCCUCUUGUACAACACAAGUAAUGGCCACUGCGUUCAGAUGUGACUGCUAUUUUCAGGAGCUAAAUUCUGUUGUUGCGUUGGUUCUGGUCUUGAGAGUUGUUUGUCAGAAUAAGUGAAAUACAUGAGUUUUGCCAGAAUUUAUUUCAAGAUGCCUGGUACUGAACUGCUAAUUGAGAAAGACAAUGCCAGUAUUGCCAUAUGUGCCUGAAGAUGCUUGCUUCUUGCUAUGAUGCUCAAUUGGGAGCAAUAGUGGUGGGGUCAAGUCGUUUGGUGGUUUGUGCCAAUACCCUGUGAGUGUCGGUAGUGUUUUUCCUGCUAUUUUUCUCGUUUCGUUCUUCUUUUCUCCAAGUUUUGCUUUUAUGUUCUUUUUAGGUCACUUGUGUAGAGUUAACUGUACAGAACAUUACUCUUAUUCUGGGUACUCUAACAACAACUACAUCAUGAAAUUGUGUAUGUAUCACUUAUA